UGAUGUUUUCCACAGGAUCGGCCACCUCUAUUGUUUAAGGCUUUUCCUCCUCUGUCCUCCUUUUGCUCUGGGUUAUUAGGUUCCUGCAAGUUACUUGGGAGCUGAUCACGACUGCAAGCUAAAGAUGGUGAUGGUGAGUCGCCUGAGGGUCAUUCUUCAAGCCUCUCCAUGCAAGGCACAGUGGAGAAGGUUCCAGAUUCCGAGGUCCAUGCUAGCAAGGCCCUGCAGCCUCUACACCUGCACUUACAAAACCCGGAACCGAGCCUUGCACCCUCUCUGGGAGAGCGUGGACCUGGUCCCGGCGGGUGAGCGCCAGUCGCCCAUCAACAUCCGGUGGAGGGACAGUGUCUACGAUCCUGGCUUAAAACCGCUCACCAUCUCUUACGACGCGACCACCUGCCUCUGCGCCUGGAAUAACGGGUACUCUUUCCUCGUGGAAUUUGAAGACUCUGCAGAUAACUCAGUGAUCAAGGGAGGACCCCUGGAACACAACUACCGAUUAAAGCAGUUCCAUUUUCACUGGGGGGCCGUUGAUGCCUGGGGCUCCGAGCAUACUGUGGACAGCAAAUGUUACCCAGCAGAGCUGCACUUGGUGCAUUGGAAUGCAGUCAAAUUCGAAAAAUUUGAGGAUGCAGCACUGGAAGAAAAUGGUUUGGCUGUGAUAGGAGUAUUUUUAAAGCUAGGCAAACAUCAUAAAGAGCUACAGAAAUUGGUGGAUAUUGUGCCAUCAAUUAAGCACAAGGACAUGCUUGUGGAAUUUGGGUCAUUCGACCCUUCCUGUCUGAUGCCUACCUGCCCAGAUUACUGGACCUACUCAGGGUCCCUGACUACCCCGCCACUCUCCGAGUCUGUCACUUGGAUCAUUAAGAAGCAGCCCAUAGAGGUUGAUCAUGAUCAGCUUGAGCAAUUUCGGACCCUGCUCUUCACUUCUGAGGGGGAGAAAGAGAAAAGAAUGGUGGACAACUUCCGCCCCCUUCAGCCCCUAAUGAACCGCACUGUCCGCUCAUCCUUCCCUCACGACUAUGUGCUGAACAUACAAGCAAAACCCAAGUCGUCUACCACCCAAGUGACCCCCUUAGACGCCAUUAUCUAGGUGGUAUCUUGCUUAAAUAUAUACUAGUCCUUUAAAAAUUGCUAACUAGACUCUUAUAAAUGCCUGCAUUUAAUAAUUAUGGAUGUGCCUUUCUUGGUAUGGCAGCACUCCUUAGUCUUUGAGGAAAGCUCUUUGGUAAACAAAAACUUACUUUUAUUGAUAAUGAUGUUUAUCACUGAAGUACCAGCAAGAGACACAAAUUUCUCUUAUAGCAACCUGCUGGUAAUUGUAAUGUCUUUUUAUGUGUGACAUUUUUGAGCUGUCUUUUUAUUGAUAUGUUUAUCAACUAGUGGUUCUACAGAGUUAUAAGUAGGGAUGAUAAUCAAAAUAUUUAACAACUGGUAAGGCACAGACACUGACCAUCCAGAAUGCAGGCUUUUCAGAAACAGACACAGGACCCAGAUUGGUACUUCUUGGCUGAACAUUGGCUAUGGUUUUAGGAAUAUUUUAUUUUAAAACAUGAAUGUGUAUUCUUUUAUAAGGCCUUCUCAAUGGGUAUAUCUGCCUCAAUUUUCACUUGUCAUUACUAGUACAGGAUAUGAUUACUUACUAUCAAUUUAUAAUAUAGAAAAAAUAUUUUGUGAGCUUCCCUGGCAGCGCAGUGGUUAAGAAUCCACCUGCCGAGGCAGGGGACACGGGUUCGAGCCCUGCUCCGGGAAGAUCCCACAUGCUGAGGAGCAACUAAGCCUGUGCGCCACAACUACUGAGCCUGCACUCUAGAGCCCGUGAGCGACAGCUACCGAGCCCGCGUGCCACAACUACUGAAGCCCGCCCGCCUAGGGCCCGUGCUCCGCAACAAGAGAAGACACCACAACGAGAAGCCCGCGCAUCGCAACGAAGAGUGGCCCCCUGCUUGCCACAACUAGA